GCGGCGGCGGGAGCCCCGCGCCCAGCUCUGCGCCCGGGCCGGCGAUGCGCGCGCCCAGCGGGGCCGGGGGACGCCCGGGCGGCGGCGGGCGCGCGUAGCCGGCGGCAGGACCAUGGCGUCCCCGGCGCUGGCGGCGGCGCUGGCGGCGGGGGCGGCGGCGGCGCCGGGCCCGAACGCCAGCCGCGCCGGCGAGGACGGCGGCGGGGCCGCCAACGGCUCGGGCGCCGCCUGGGGGCCGCCCCCGGGCCAGUACUCGGCGGGCGCCGUGGCGGGGCUGGCGGCCGUGGUGGGCUUCCUCAUCGUCUUCACCGUGGUGGGCAACGUGCUGGUGGUGAUCGCCGUGCUGACCAGCCGCGCGCUGCGGGCGCCGCAGAACCUGUUCCUGGUGUCGCUGGCCUCGGCGGACAUCCUUGUGGCCACGCUGGUCAUGCCCUUCUCGCUGGCCAACGAGCUCAUGGCCUACUGGUACUUCGGGCAGGUGUGGUGCGGCGUGUACCUGGCGCUCGACGUGCUCUUCUGCACCUCGUCCAUCGUGCACCUGUGCGCCAUCAGCCUGGACCGCUACUGGUCGGUGACACAGGCCGUGGAGUACAACCUGAAGCGCACGCCGCGCCGCGUCAAGGCCACCAUCGUGGCCGUGUGGCUCAUCUCGGCCGUCAUCUCCUUCCCGCCGCUCGUGUCGCUGUACCGCCGGCCCGACGGCGCCGCCUACCCGCAGUGCGGCCUCAACGACGAGACCUGGUACAUCCUGUCCUCCUGCAUCGGCUCCUUCUUCGCUCCCUGCCUCAUCAUGGUCCUGGUCUACGCGCGCAUCUACCGCGUGGCCAAGCUGCGCACGCGCACGCUCAGCGAGAAGCGCGCGCCCGCGGGCCCCGACGGCGCGGCCCCGGCCACCGAGAACGGCCACUGCGCGCCCGAGGACGGCGGCGCGGCGGCCGAGCGGCGGCGCCGGCGGGGAGCGCUGCGGCGGGGCGCGCGGAGGCGCGCGGAGGCCGAGGCGGGCGCGGGCGGCGCCGACGGGCUGGGGCGGGGCCAGGGUGCUCUGGCCGCGGCCGCCGCGCGCUCCCCGGGCCCCGGUGGACGCCUGUCGCGCGCCAGCUCGCGCUCCGUCGAGUUCUUCCUGUCGCGCCGGCGCCGGGCGCGCAGCAGCGUGUGCCGGCGGAAGGUGGCCCAGGCGCGCGAGAAGCGCUUCACCUUCGUGCUGGCCGUGGUCAUGGGCGUGUUCGUGCUCUGCUGGUUCCCCUUCUUCUUCAGCUAUAGCCUCUACGGCAUCUGCCGCCAAGCCUGCCAGGUGCCCGACCCGCUCUUCAAGUUCUUCUUCUGGAUCGGGUACUGCAACAGCUCCCUGAACCCGGUCAUCUACACCGUCUUCAACCAGGACUUCCGGCGCUCUUUCAAGCACAUCCUCUUCCGACGGCAGCGAAGGGGCUUCAGGCAAUGACCGCGCCCGCCUGGGCCCGACCCAGGGGCCUCCGGGGCG